AUGAAAUUUAUGAUUAACAUUUUUUUAUUUCUAGACACAUUUAUUAUUAUUGUAAAUAGUCAAACGUCAAAAUUUUUAUUAUUCAAUAAAAGAUUUACUUGGCAUGGAGAUCAUAAUCUAAAUUAUGGAUUAAAUAAUUAUUCAAGAAAAAUUAUUUACUAUCUUAUUGAUAAUAGAGUAUUUUAUGAAUGUAAUGGAUAUUUGUUUACAAAUCAUCAAUUAGCUGUAAAAUAUUAUGAAUUAAUUAAUUCUAAUUCAAAAUUACGAUUAUAUUUAAAACCAAAAGGAAGUAUAAAACCAACAAAAUUAAAAUCAUAUAAUCGAAGAAUAAAAAUUGCUGAAUAUGACUUUAAUGAUAUUUUAGCAAGAAAUCCAUUUACCCAAAAAAUUUGGAAUGACAUAUGGGAUGGAUGUGGAUAUUAUUGUUAUAAACAAUAUAAUUUUCAAAUUUUAAGAAAAGGACUUAUUUCUGAAAUGAAUGAAUAUAGAAGAAUUCAUGGAAAUAGUCCAUUAAAAGAAAGUCAAGAUCUUAAUAUUUUGGCUCAAAAAAAUGCUUUUAAAGAAGUAUGGUUAAUUAAUAAAAAUAUAACUAUUUUCAAAGAAUUUAACUUUAUUACGGAAACUAUCAAUAAAAAUGAAGCAAGUCAUAUACUACAAUAUUUAUUUAAUGGUUUUAUUGGUAUAUAUAAUUAUAAUAACAAUUAUUAUUUAAAACAAUUUAAUAGUCAAACACAAAUACUUUGGAAAGGUACAACUCGUGUUGGUAUUGGUAUUGCUGAAUAUAAUGAUCUUAUAACAAUAAUUUUUAUUUUUUAUCCAAAAGGAAAUAUUAAUAAGAAAUACAAAGUUAAUGUUCCACCAAUCAGUAAUAAAGUUGUUCACAUGUUCAACUUAUUUAAAAAUCAUUUAUAA